CUACGCAAGCGCAGAUUCUGGCGCGAAAUUUCUCUCUAACAACAGACAACAUUCUGUCCAGUGAUCAGUUGUAGGUUCCUAGUUUUUCGGUUCUUUUUUCUCCAUCUUCUAUCGACCUAUCGUUUUUUUUGCGCCAUUUUAGAAUUUAAUAAUUUAAGAUGCCUCACGGAUCUGAAUUAGUGAACAACCGUUCGAGUGAGUACGGAAAUCAACACGAUCGUAAUGAACGAGACCGAUACCGCAGACGCAAGGAAUUCCAAUUCCAUGUCCCUCGGCAGUCUGACAGGAAAGGCUCUUCAAACGGGUCUCCAUCUAGAACAGGAAAUGGGAACAGGCAUGAUAGCAGAGAGUUCAGUCCAUUACGCAGCCCUCUUCGACCAAACCAACCACAGUACGAGAAAGAUGGAGAGAACAGAGACAGGAGAAAUCGCCGAUGGGCCAGAGAGCAGAGAUAUGGCGUGGACAAUGAUGGCAAGGAAGCUCCCAGAAGCAAGAGACAAGUUAAUGCUCAGAGUCGUCCCCUUCAGAAAAGCGAUAGCAACAUUUCUGCAGUAAUCGGAGGAAGGCAGGAUGUGGUAGAAGAGAAGCAAGCCCUGCCAGAGCGCGCUAGACUGACCAUGCGUCAGAAUAGUAGCAGCAGCACUGGCAAUACCAGCUGGGGGGACAUGGUGGAGGAGGCUGAAGAGAAGGAGGAGGAGAUGAAGAAAGGACUAACUUCCUACAAGGAGUUCAUUGAAAAUAUGAAUUAUGAGACAACUGGACCAAAGAAAGAGUUGGAAGAGAACAUUGAAAUUCUCUUGAGAAGACAGAAGCAGUUAGAGUAUGGGAAGAACAAUCUGGUCUACCGGAACUAUGUCACUGCAUUGCCCAAGCAUAUGCGUGAGUCGGGACAUCCCAAAACUCCAAACAAGUUCCUGAAGAUGAGUCGUCGACGGUGGGACGGGCAGGUGCAGGUGUGGAGGCGGGUACUGCAUAACUGGUCUGGAGAGAAUGAAGCCAUUAGCUCUGUCGGGGAUGACUUCGAGAUCAUCUCCAACAAUUCCGAAGCAUCUGACAGGUCGUCCUUUGCGGACGUAACCCCGGCAACGCCCCCCAGCUCUCCGUUCGGCUCUGUCAUCGCAGCGUCAUCAGCCACGACGGUGACGCAUGCGUCGCCGAUAGCUGGGACUCUGCCACAGUCCGAGCUCACAUCUGACAUUCUCACGAUGGCGCUAAGCGAGUUUGGUAGCGAUUCCCGCAUCCCUGCGGCGCAGAAAGGCAUGAGUUUCCAGGGUAGAAUCCAGGAGGCAGCAGCAGGCUCUGGCAACACCCAGGACCUUUAUGAUUUUGUGCUUCUGCAGGGAAGCUCGGAUCACACUGCGGAGGAGGAUGCUUGCGCAGCCUCCAAUAGAGAUGCGAGCGAAAAGUUCUGGGAAGGCUUCAAUUUAGAUGAGGCUCUUGCGUGCGACGAUGAUGAUUUCCUCCACCUGUGACCAUGGCAACGACAAUUUCUACCUGCAACCGUAACAAUGUCGUCGCGAUGUAAAACCGGGACGGUCGUGGCUUCGAUUCAGCUUGCAAUAAAAACUUGAAAUAAGAUGUCGAGUAAAAAGUUUCUGAUUCGUAAGCAAUUUUCUCGUGCAUGAUGCAGACUUCCUCCUCCAUCUAUGACUAUAAAAAGUUGUUGCAGUAUGUAGAAAGUGAGGUGGCCAUGCAUAUCAGUAUGUAGAAAGUGAGGUGGCCAUGCAUAUCAGAGAAUGAAUUUUGCAAUAUACCUAUAAACGUGACUGGCAAGUUUUUAUGCAGUGAUGGCAUUAAUGUCAUGAGUUCAUCUAUUAAAUGUUGGGUUUACAGUGCAACCAGAUCAAACAAAACAUUUUUAUGUAAAGCAAUGCAGCAUAAUUUUUUAAUAUAGCUAUAGUGUGUGAAUCAUUGUUUAUUUUAGUUUAAGGAAAAUGUUAGUAAUCAUCGUAUUAUAGUGCGUGUUUCCGUGUUAAAGAACUCAUACAAAUUACAUAAUUUGGUAUUGUUUCUGGUUCACAACAGAUGUGACCUGGUUAAAAUUAAUGCGUUUGGCUAGGUUAUUACUAUUUUGCGAUGGUUUCGUUUUGUGCAUAUAACAGUAUAGCAGUUUGUUUGGUUUUAGUCUAAUAAGCUUUUCCUUUUACUACAAUUGAAACAUGAUGAGUGUUUUUGGCCUUUUUUACGUGUUACAGUGUAAUCAGUAAAGUAUUUAAAAGUAUUUAACUACAACAUUUAUGACCUGAAUCGAUUGUUACAUAAUUUGAGGGCUAAUCAAAUCUUGGCUCUGAAGUGUUGUAUCGUACACCAAUGCAUUCACACUCUAGAUGUCCGUGUUCUAAUGUAUAUAGUACGUUAAAGAUUACACGUUAGAAACUGGUUUUAUGCCCAUUUACCAAACAUGGCUUCAUGCUGUUUUAUGAGUGUUAAAAACUUGUAAAUAUACAUAAUUUUGAAGUCAUGAGAAAACUCCAAAUGCAAAUGACGCCUUUUACAUCUCUUGAUUAUAACUUUAAUAUUCUGACACUCCAAUCUCAGUGUGUAGAGAUGUCUCAACUGGAGAUAGGGUACCUCGACUCAUCAGCUAAACUUGUCUUAUGUGAGAUGUUUCACACGCGCCGACGUUGAAACGUUUGGGUGUCUGUUAGUACAUUCUGUGAUAGAUGCAUGAGGAAUAGAUAUAUAUACAAUUUAAUUUCAAUAACAUUUAUUUUAAAAUCUCGCUGUGUUUUGACUGUGGUAACCUAGGGCAUGUAACGUGCUGUGCACGACUCGUGUGUUGAGACAAGGCCUGUGGAGAUCGGCCGAGACUAAAAUAAAUGUUAUACAUAUCUAUUACUCAUGCAUCUAUCACAAAUGUACUAACCUACACGCAAACGUUUUAAUAUCAUGCAUGUGAAACAUCUUACAUGAGUUAGCCGGUGAGUCGAGUUGACUACGGACCAUACAAUUUACAUUAACUGAGGUUUGACUAAGCAUGUCAAAAACCUACGCAUUCCAUAUGCAAUUUCCAAACGUGAUCGCAUGCGCAACUCCUUACACAGUGAGCAACUACUGACCUUGUAAAUUAUCAAAUGUAAAAGUGCUACAGUUACAUUUAUUAAUUCUAGAGGUAAGUCAGUAUAGGCAUGUGUGUAUGAUAAUAUAUGCAUAUUUAUGUACACUCUUACCUACAUUGUCUGUUGUACGUCACACACAUAGCUGGCCACAGACACGAGACCUCUUGUUUGUGAUUCUGCAGAGGAAUGUGUGGCAAGAUUGUGUAUUGUAAAGGAUCAUUUGACGACGUUUACGUGGUAUUAGGCAACGGAGUAAAUACUUUCAUGGUAACGCAAUGUUAAUUUACCAUCAUUUUAUUUAAAACAGCCAAAACGGCACAAUUAACCCCUUUAAAACGGUCCUAUAGUGCCUGUGCACAUGUAGCAUUCGUGCUUGCACACCAUCCUUAUCUAUUCCUAUUUUUAUAAUGCCCGAUUAGUUUAGCACAUAUAUGCGAGCUAUAUUAUAUAUACCUUGGUCCCAAACUAGGAACUGAGCGUAAGUGUAUAGUAGUCCCUUCUAUUCUAGAUCUCCCGCUACAGCGGUGUGCUCUCGCUAGAUAAUAGCAUUUCGAUAAUAAAUACAUUUCAAUCGAUUGUAAA